AUGAUCUUGAGCAGGCAAGCAAAGGUGUCAAAUUAUGGUGGUUGUGAAUCUUUGCGAUUCGCUCAACCUUCAUCAACCCACGAUGGCCUCCACAUCGUUUCCCGCCCAGCCCAGCGAAAAGCGCCGACUUUAACUUCUGCUCCCGCACCUCCGGAGACAGUAGUUACUUCCAGCCCCCUCGCUGCAUUCGCCGCCGCAGCAUCCCCGUUCGUCAACACCUAUGGUCGAUUUGCAUCAUGGAAGGCGGGCCUCGGGCUCACAAACCCCGGAACGACAGAAAAUAUGCAGAAGGAGGUAAAGAUGACCCAUGCAACCAAUCACAUCUUCGAUGGUGCACGAGCAGAUCUCUCCAAGGCUCUCUCGUUCAACCCUGCUUUCCAGGUCACACACUCUUUCAACCUUGCAUCUUAUAACAAUCCGGCGACUUAUAACUUCGGAGCAGUAUUCGCAAAUGGUGAUCUCUUCAUGCAAGGGGGCUCAGACCAUGAUGGAAAUGUGACUGGGAGGUUAAACCGAGGCUGGUCUUCCAACAAUAUCACCAAGGUCCAAAUGCAGAUUGCCAAUAAUCCCAAUGCACAAUCCAUGCUGCAGCUUGAACAGGACUACCAGGGGCAAGACUACUCUUUAAACCUUAAGGCGAUUAACCCAUCUCCCAUCGACGGUACCGGUAUCUAUGUUGGCUCAUAUCUUCAAUCUGUCACCCCUCGCCUCGCUCUCGGGUUUGAGACCGUACACCAACGAGUUGGACCGGGAAUGGCUGAGAGCAUGACUUCAUAUCUCCUUCGCUGGACAUCGCCACCUUCUCCUGUAUCUUCGUUAUCUGCUGCCGCUGGUGCUCCCGCACCCGGUUCUCAUGAACCUGGCAAGUGGAUUGCUACCGCGCACUUGCAAGCACCAGGCAUCCUCCAAGCAACUUACUGGCAACGUCUUAGUGAAAAGGUGGAUGUCGGCGGAUUUACAAAUGAUCAUUGCUCCUGGGAGGAGAGACGCUAUUGCGACGUUGGUGCCAAGUGGGAUUUGAGGAUGAGUACCAUGCGGGCGCAGGUUGAUUCUACUGGAAAGGUAGCUGCCUUACUGGAGCAACGAUUCGCUCCGACCUUUUCUUUCUUGGUUGGAGGGGAAAUCGACCACGUAAAGAACCAAGCCAAAGUCGGUGUCGGUAUUAUGCUAGAAUCCAGUGCCAUGACAGAAGAAAUGAUGGCUCAGCAACAGCCUCCAAGUAUUCCCGUGUAG